GAAUUUAUUUUACUCUGUGACCAUUGUCCAUGUGAAUCUGUAUUUUGUGUCCAAUCCUGUGUCGUUGUAACGCUAGGCGUUAGGUACAUUAUAUUGCACAGAAUACAGGAACUGCAAUACAUACGCCAGCGUGGAAAGCUACUAAGUUAAUUUGUCUAUUUUGGAUUUGGGGAACGUGUCAUUUUCAAGAAAAAUGUUACUUUCUCUAUUGCCGAAGGUGAUGGCCACCACGUCACUGUUACUACUGAUUUGGUUUAGCCACUGCGUAAAGGGGAGUAAUGUGGAUUACACAUUAGAUGAGAGCUUGGUUACUUUCGAUAGAGAACCAAAUAUAGUAUUAUUGGAACAUGAGCGUUAUCGACGUGACGCUCCAGGCCCUACGACGCCCGCUCCGGAAUCCACCACGACAACACCGGUUACUGUUCCCAACGGUUCCACCAAACCUACUCAAUCAACUUCCGCAGACGACAUCAAUAGGACAAUCAACAGCUCUCCCAAGCCCUCUACCCCAGCUGUAGCUACAGUCACCAAGAUACCGUUGCUGGGAGUCAAUGGAAGUGGAAUACUUCGCGUUAAUCUCACUGAGAACAUGCCCAAAGUGAGUGAGCCUCUUCUACCCGACGAUAAUAUCUCUGAUGUGUUUAGGGAAACACCGGAAACUAUUAAAGCUGAACACAAUCUCACCAGUUUGAUUUAUGACAAUCACAUGUUCUACAAUAGCACAUUCAUCGGUAAUGUCUCCUAUGUGAAGGAAUAUUGGGCAAAUAUCACUGAGAGAAAACCAGAAAUACACGAAGUACUCAGUAACUCGCAUCGACGUGCUACGACACUGAAAUUGAGUUUUGAUUUUCCAUUCUACGGUCAAGAUAUACGGAACAUAACUGUUGCUACCGGCGGCUUUAUCUACACCGGUGAACAUGUACACAAUUGGCUUGCAGCCACACAGUACAUCGCACCAUUAAUGGCCAACUUUGACACCACCCUCACCAAUGACAGCAUGGUCAAAAUGUACGAUGAUGGAACCAAGUUUACAGUGAUCUGGGAGAAUGUGACGCUGCAAGAAGAUGCAACAAAGAAAUUCACAUUUGCAGCCACUCUGAACAAGAAUGGAGAUAUUGUGUUCACAUACAAGGAUAUCCCUAUACCAGUUCAGCAAAUAAAUGAUAAGGAACAUCCCGUCAAAGUGGGCAUCAGUGAUGCUUACUUGAAAGAUAAAUACCUAUUCAACGUGAGACAUAAGACAAUAUACGAGUAUCAUCGCAUCUCUUUCAAGAACCACGAGAUUUCGAACAACACUAUCUUGAAAUUGACUGCACUGCCGACCUGCAUUCAGUACAAUACUUGUGAGAGCUGCGCCAACCACGAUACUGGCUUCCAGUGUCUAUGGUGUGAACAACUCCGUAAAUGUUCAAGCGGCACCGACAGAAACAAACAAGAUUGGAUGGUUAGAAAUUGCGACAGAGAGCCUAUCAUGAACGCAUCGUCUUGCCCCGCUCAUGCACCGAUCAACGCGCCCUCUGACAAUACCAACACAGCGUACACCACAGACGGACAGAACAACUCUGUAGUUGUUGUUAGCACAGUGCACACUGAUGCGGAUACUAAGUCGAGUAGUGAGCGGGUGGGAGGUAUGGUGGUCGCAGGCCCUGCUGAGCGGUCGCCAGUAGGAGGUGCAGUCGCAGCGUUUGUUCUCGUAGCGCUCGUCUGCUGCUUCGGAGCCUGGAUCCUGUACGCCUUCAAGAACCCUCACACCCGCAGCGGACAGUUCCUUAUCAAGUAUCGACCUUCUCAAUGGGGAUGGAGACGCGGUGAGGCGCGAUACACCGCCGCCACCAUACAUAUGUAAGGAAAGUGCGCACGCGCAGUGAUGACGUCACACCGCAACAACUGUGACAACCGUAAAUCGUAGCGCGGAUUGCCCUUGAUCCGUUUCCGAAACAUAAACUACUCCGGAUUUUAAAAUCCAACUCAAGGCCAUCCAUUUUUCAACCUUAAUAACCGUCCUUAUUAAAAAUAAAAGAAAAACCGACUUCAAAAAAUAUAUAUCUUGUCUUAUAUUUACCAAUUUCUACAUUUCUUCGAUGGAAUAAUUGCUGGAGUCUUCUGUAAUAUCAUCAAAACUCAAUGUUCCAUUUUCAACAUAAAACUUCCAUUGUAAUAUUUAAGUUACGAGAUAAAAAGAAAUAGUGCAAAUUGAUUAAUAAUUCAAACUUUUUGUAGUCGGUUUGAAAUAACUUUAGAUUGUUUUAGUAUCCAUGCUGCCUUUAUACAGAUCUUAUUACAAUGUUAUAUAUUGUUGUAUGUAAGUAAAGCUAAGUAAGACCCUGUUAAUAUACUGUAAAUAUCUUUUAACUAUCAUUCCCGAGUACAAAUUAAAAAUUAAUAAUUGUGCCUUUACCUAUCUACUAUAAAACACUGCCCUAUACAAACCAUAUAUUAAUCUUCUUACUAUAU